AUGAGCGACCGCCACCGCAGCCACUCGAACGGCGGCUACAGCUUCAGCAACCACCACCCGAGCCACGACAACCGCGCUUCGUCCCCGCCUCGGUACCCACCACCGAGCGGCGGACCCGCCCGCCCGCCUCCUCCUCCUCCUGCCGGCCAGCACUACGGCGCACCGCCCGGGCACAGCAACGGCGGCUACUCGCACGGCUACGGCGGCGGCGGCGGGUCGAGCCGCGACGGACAGGGCGGGCCGCCGCAGCAGCAGCAGUACGGCGGCGGCGGGCAGUACGGGCACGCGCAGCACGGCGGGUACGACCGUGGCUCGCAGGGCGGGCACGGCGGAGGAGGAGGAGGAGGGUGGGGCGCGCAGCGCGGCGGCCACCACGGCGGCGGCGGAGGAGGAGGAGGGCACAACGGCGGCGGCUCUUUGAGCGGCGGGCCGUCGGGCGGGCACAACGGCGGCUACGGUGGAGGUGGACGCGGCGGACGCGGUGGACCCGGCGGCGGUCGCGGCGGGUACGGCGGCGGCGGGCGCGGCGGGAGCGGCGGUGGAGGAGGAGGCGGCGGCCGCAACGGCCGGGCACUGCCGCCCGUCUUCGUGCCGCUCCCUAACGCGGUACCGGCUCUCCCGGCGAAGCAGACGGGCGCGCUCGUCCCCGAGCCGGUCGCGAGGCGGGCGUAUGGCUCCGCCGGCGGUGCUGUCAAGCUCGUCACCAACACGUUCGACCUCAAGCUGUCCGACAACCAGACGACGUGGUACAAGUACGAGAUCGUCAUCACGGUCAACGCUCGCCCUCGCGCCGACGGCUCGGUGCCUCCUCCUCGCGGUCCGCCGCCCAAGUCGGUCCUGCGCGCCGUGUGGUCGAGCCUCGAGGAGAACGAGAAGGCCGGCCGGUCGAACUACCUCGACGGCGUCCAGCCCGCGUACGACGGCCGCAACGCGCUCUACACGUCGCGCACCCUCAAGAUGGACAAGGGCCGCAUCUGGAUUCCCAAGUACGCCGCGCCCGACCGCCCGGGCCAGACCUUCACGAUCGUCAUCCACAAUGGCGUCAAUAUCCCGCUCGUCUCGGUCCGCUCGUACUUCACGGGCGGGCCCGGCGCCACGUACAACGUCGGCGAGCUGUCCGAGGCGAUGCAGGCGCUCAACGUUGUCAUCGGCCACAAGCCGGCGUCCCUGUUCUACGCGACGAGGACGGCCUUCUUUGUCGGCGACGAGGCCGCGACGAGCCUCAACAUGCUUGGCGUCGAGAAGAAGAGCGUCACGGUCGCUCCCGACUUUGUCGAACUCUGGCGCGGCUACUUCGAGUCGGUGCGCGCGUGCGCAGGCGGGCUCUUGAUGAACCUGAACACAACUUCGACGGCGUUCUACAAGGCGGGCGACCUGAGCGCCUUCCUGCGCGGCUUCUUCCUCGCCAAGGGCUCGCGCGAGCCGCCCGGGUUCCCUCGCGUCGGCUCGCUCGCCGGCAGCGACCUCAUCAAGGUCAACCGGCUCCUGCAAAAGCUCAUCGUCGUCGCCGACCGCGGCAGCACCGUCCCGGCCCUCAAGAUCAAGAUUCGCGGCGCGGGCAUCGUCAACAAGGCGCCGCGCGACCACCUGUUCGAGACCGAGAACGGGCCUCUCAGCGUCGAGCAGUACUUUGCCGACAAGUUCAAGGUCCGCCUGCGCAACCCGGACUGGCCUCUCGUCGAGGUUAAGCCCGGCGCGCUCUACCCGCUCGAGCUCGUCCGGCUCGUCGAGGGUAACAAGUACGCCAAGCGCCUGUCGCCGCAAGAGCAGAACCUCGCCUCGUCCUUCCAGACGCUCGUGCCGGCGGAGAAGUUUGGCGCCAUCAUGGCGGCCCGCAAGAACAUCGUCGCGAGGGUGUCCGAGCCGUUCAUGACCAUCUUCGGCCUGAGCCUCGACCCCGACCCGAAGGAGACGGUCGGCCGGAUCCUGCCGCCGCCGCGCAUCGAGUACAAGGCCGGCCCCGACCGGUCGCGGUUCACGUCGGUCACGCCCGUCGACUCGGCGUGGAUGAUGCAGUUCGCGCAAGGGUCGUUCGCCCAGACGUUCGUCGCGAGCGGCAAGCUGAGCUCGAUCAUGGUCAUCGUCGAGUCGGAGAGGGACAGGAGGGCGGCAGUCACCUUUUUCGAGGAGCUCCUCCCCAAGAUGCGCGCGCUCGGUAUCGACCUCUCGGGCUUCCCCAACCUGCGCCAGGGCGUCCUCGACCGGGUCGUCCUCGUCCGCAACCGCCGCACUGUCGCGGACGAGGUCCUGCGCGCCAUGAACGAGGGCGACGAGAUCUUUGGGAGGUGCCCCGACCUCAUCGUGUGGGUCUUCACCCAGGCCAACUCGGAGGACUACCCGUCGUUCAAGUACGAGUGCACGCGCCGCGGGAUCGCCUCGCAGGCCCUCCAGAGCAAGCUCAUCGCCAAGCUGAGCGUCCAGGUCGCCGUCAACGUCGCCAUGAAGCUCAACUCGAAGCUGCACGGCUACGCCUUCCGGCUCGAGCGCAACACGCUCGGCGGGUGGAUCGAGACGCACGCGCCCAUGCUGUUCGGCAUCGACCUGUCGCACGAGAUCGACAAGCCCUCGGUCGCCGCCAUGGUUGCCUCGAUGCACGGCGCGGCGAUCGUCAUGGAGGAGACGUGUUCCAUCCAGGGCCUGGCCGAGCCGCCUCAGGGCAACCCGCUCGGGAGGGCCCGCAAGCAGGAGAUCGUCGUCGACACGUGCAAGAUGGCGACGGCGUCGCGUCCUCUCGCUUCGGCAGGCGCCGCCAAAUCGCUUCUUGUCUUCAGGGACGGCGUGAGCGAGUCCGAGUUCCAGAGCGUCCUGUCGUACGAGGUUCCCGCGUUCAAGGAGGCGUGCCGCAUCAUCAAGGCCGACAAGGAGCUCGAGAGCGUCCUCGAGAAGGCCCGCGGCCAGGGCGGCAAGGAGGAACUGCGGGCGUGGAACCCCAAGAUCGUCUUCGUCGCUGCCCUCAAGCGUCACUCGAUCCGGGCGUUCGUCCCGAACGCGAGCGACCCUCGCAACACGAGCAACAUCCUUCCCGGCACGGUCCUCGACCGCGACGUCGUCGACCCGCAUGCCGCCGACUUCUACGCCGCCUCGCACUCGGCGCUUAUCGGUACGACGCGCGCGACCCGGUACACGUGCCUCGUCGACGAGGUGGGCAUGUCGCCCGACGAGUUGCAGGCGACGGUCCAUGCACUCUCGCAUUCCUUCCAGCGCUGCAACCGCGCCGUCAGCGUCGUCGCCCCUGUCUUCUACGCCGACCUCAUCGCCGCGCAGGUCCGCUCGUGGAUCAUCGGCGACAGCUCGGACGCCGGCUCGUCGACCGGCACGGCGGCGGCGGCGUCGGCGUCGACGAGGCGCGCGGACCUCGUCGGCGCGCAGCAGAUCCUCGCCUCGACCGAGAACGGCCGCGACGCGCCCUGGUUCAGCUUGUCGUCGCCGGUCCUACCUGCUUCCCCCCCGUGUCGAGAACCCUCUCCUCCUUCCUCGAGCGUCCCGCCGCUCGCCCUCGUCUUUCGCCCGUAGCUUUCCCCCCUUCUUUCUGUCCCACUCCUUUGUCGCCUGCAGCUCAAGUCGCUUUCUCA